AUGCUGGUUGCGUCUCUCCUCAGGUUGUCAGAUAAUAGUUGCAACACUGCUGAAAGUGAACGAGUUCUUUUGCAAUUUAAAAAAUUCAGCGAACUUUUUCUGCUCUACGAGAGGAAAGGACUCCAUGUGAAAGCGCUGAAUCUGCUGAAGGAACAAGCGGAUGUAGAAGAGUCUCCGUUGAAUGGCUUGGAUCGCAGCAUCCAUUACCUACAGAACUUGGGGCAAGAAAAUGCUGAUGUGGUGUUCCACUUUGCGAAGUGGAUUUUCAAAAGAAAUCCGAGGGAAGCGCUUAAAAUUUUUACCGAAGACUGUGAAACCGUGAAAGAGCUUGACCGAAGCAGAGUCUUGGCGUUUCUUGUUCAAGAAAGUGCUGAAAGCGUCAUUGUUUAUUUGGAGCACAUCAUUGACCAGUGGAACGAAGAAGAACAGAAAUACCACAAUUUUCUGGCCGAAAUGUACAUAUCUAAAGUGAAAUGUUUGUACAACGGAUACAGUGAUGCGCUACGAAGUAACCAAAGGGUAACGGUUGCUGGCGAAGAACCUGGAGAACUGGGCGUCUACCGUCGAAAGCUGCUCAAUUUUUUGUCUACGUCAGAAAGAUACAACCCGGAAAUUUUGCUCGUCCAGUUGCCUUUCGAAUUUCUCUUUGAAGAAAGGGCCGUGUUGCUUGGUCGUUUGCGACGCCAUGAACAAGUGCUUGCCAUCUACUGUAAUAUUCUGCAUGAUUUCAGGCAAGCUGAGCAGUACUGUAGUCGAAAUUACAGAGCUGACUCAUCAGAUGAGUCGAAACUCUUUCUCAAGCUCCUGAAAAUAAUUUUUAAUUCUCUGUUAGCUUUCACUCCUCGGCAGCUUCUGUGGUGUGACCUAGUA